UCACUAGCUGAAUGCCACCUACAGCCAACUAUUCACACGUCCGGUACUACAGUAUGAUCAUCCUUUACUACAUGCAGUCUACACUGUGCUGUAUCUAAAACUGUUGAUAGUCAAGCAGAUGUCAAUUUCUAGAUAUGUCAGCAGGUACCGUUUGCUUACCAUGCACUGUCGCAUACCUAGACUUUAGAUUUCAAUUGUCUUGAUCACGAUCGCGAAACGACGACUACCUACCAGGCUUAGAUAGUUAAUCUAAAUUACUAGGUAGUUUGCAUGUUUACUUCGAAUUCCAUGACAGGGUUUUGAUCUAGCUAGGACGCGGCGUUUUAGUAUCAGGUUGGACGUGUUACUCACCAAUGCGAGGCGCCUACGGAUACCUUAAACUAGUAUGUACACUGAACUGUAUGUAUCAUAGUGGAACUAUUUACAACAUCGCAUACGGGUAAACAAAGAUUGCAUACAUACAGGUAAACAAGAGUGCAUACGGGCAAGCAACACCACAUCCGGGUGUUACUACUAGCAGCGAUGUGUGAGGAUGUCGCUACGUGUUCUAACCACUCUACAGAAGACAGGCCGUUUGCGUGUGCAGUUGCGAAUGUAGUAAACCUUCAAACGAGCUGAUCAUCUAGGACGCCACCAAGUCUCUCAUUCUCAUACCAAAACUUUCCAUCUAUACAUGCUGUCAUGUGGGAUGCAACGAAUCGUUUACCAAAUGGAGUGAAUUGCGUAAACAGCAAAAGUCAUCCCAAAGAGUACAGAUGUUCUACAUGUGAUCGACUGUUCAGAAACAAAAGCAGUAGACCUUAGUUCCAACUCAUUGCAAGAAAUUUCAGACGGUUCACUAGUCAGUUUGAAAGAAAUUAUUAAUCUAAAUCUUAGCAGUAAUCCAAAACUACAAAAAAUACCAGCCGAGCUGAACACUUUGCAGCAUCUUGCAAAUCUGUAUAUGUCAGGAUGUGGCAUUACUAGUUUGCAAGAUACUUCGUUGUCGAGGACAAACCUGGAGCAGCUUGACUUGUCAAAUAAUCACAUCGUAACUUUGGGAAAACAUUCAUUGUCUGGCAUUCCAGCUGUACUUAUCUCUAAGAUAAAACUUGAUAACAACAGCCUAGCUAGCAUUCUUGAGUCUUCAGGAUUUGCUGAAAUUUGCUCUGCUAACGAAGGCCAGGCUGUCUUUGAGUUCGGUAAUUACAACAACUUUCGUUGUGAUUGUGAUUUGGUUUGGCUGCGAAAUUACCCGAACUGUUUGCAAGGGCAAGACAAAUCCAUCGUGUGUAGCAGCUGUCCUGAUGACAAUCAGGGUGAUUGUACUAAAAGUAUAAUAAAAUUUAGAGCAAACAACUGUACAAAUUGGCAUAGAGUGAUUCUGUUUGCUACUGUUGGUGGGUCUGUCGUCGUAGUAAUUCUUGUUGUUGUUGUUGUUGUCGCUGUUCGACGUCGACGUCGACGUCGCAACAGAAAAAAUGAAGGCGAUACAGUUACAAGAAGCAAUGAAAAUCUAGAAAGAUGUGCAGAUGGAUCGGAGGCGCCUCUUCUAAGUGGACGUGCACGUCGUGUUGUUGCAGAUACGAAAAUGAGAUCAGAACGUAGUGCCACUGCAAGGAAGGACGAUGCUGACAUGUCGCUCGAUGAUGAACUGCGAAGAUUUUUAGUAUCCUAUAGAUGUUUGAAACGAAGAGCUGUAAUUGGUGAAGGAGGUUACGGUAUUGUCUAUAGAGCUAAAUGGAACAACUACACUGUAGCAGUUAAGAAACUGCGUGUGCCAAAUGAGUGCCUUCUUGACAAUGAGAAAGAGGAAUUCAAGCGUGAAGCUUUCAUGAUGAGCAAACUGCAUCAUCCUAAUAUUGUGUUAUUGAUGGGAGUGUGUCUGGAGGAAAGAAAGACAUGCAUUGUGACUGAGUACAUGGAACGUGGAUCCGUUGCUAAGAUUCUACGUGUCGGUAACAUGACACUCGAGACAAGUAGAGUUCACCAAAUGCUGCUUGAUGUCGCGAAAGGCAUGGCUUAUCUCCACUCGCAAGAUCCACCCAUCAUACAUAGAGAUUUAAAGUCGAGCAAUCUUCUUGUUGAUAGGAAGUGGACUGUUAAAGUGGGCGAUUUUGGAGUUGCAAAGAUUUUGACCAGACUCUCCCGAGCUGACACUAAACUACCCGGAUCAGUAAGGUGGACGGCUCCGGAGCUACUUGUUGAUCGUCCGUCGUUAACUGAAAAAGCCGAUGUCUACUCCUUUGGCAUUGUCACUUGGGAGUUUACUGAUCCCCCACACAUUCCUUUCAAUGAUUUUCAACGAGAUCAAGAGGUUGUCAAUGCUGUUCUUAAAGGGACUCGCCCUCGCAUUUCGGAGAAUUGCUAUCUAGACAGUUUGAGAGGCGUAAUAGAGAGUUGCUGGCACGGUGACCCUGCUCAAAGACCAGAGUUUGAUGACAUCGUUACUCAACUCAAACAGACAUCGUCUGCUGAUACCGUAUCUCACAUGUCUCUCACAAGUGACACGUUGGAGUCUUCAAGCAACUCUGAUUAAUUAACUGAAAAUACUGUACAAACUUUUGUGACUUUGCUGUCAUCUCAUAUCAAAGAAGACUGUAGCCGCGCGACAACGCUGUUGUACAUUAGCUAGUGAUUUACAAAUGCAGUAUAUGGCAGGAAUGUCGCUUUACAAACAAUAGUAUGCAGUUUGAUCUUGUAAGUCACCCAAAGCGGUCGUCUCAUGUUCACACAUGUUGCUAAAUUUUGUCCUAGAACCAAAGUGUCUAUGUAUGUAUGUAAGUAUGUACACGAACCUCAAAUUUCUAC